GUCUCGUGAAAUGAUCUUCGUGAGUGAAAUGACAGCAGCACGAUGACGCAUUGACAUCCUUCCUGUGACGUCUGCAAUGACACGUGUAGUCAAGAUGGCGGCGGCGCUGGAGAUGUGGGCACUGUUACUGGUGUCCACGCUGCCUUUAGUAACCCCCUUUUAUGUACCAGGGGUUGCGCCCAUGAAUUUCCACCAAAACAGCCCAGUUGAAAUAAAGGCUGUAAAAUUGACAAGCUCUAGAACCCAGUUGCCCUAUGAGUACUAUUCACUUCCCUUCUGCAAGCCUGAAAACAUCUUCUACAAGGCAGAGAACCUUGGUGAGGUGUUGCGAGGAGACCGUAUCGUAAACACACUGUACACUGUUCUCAUGAACCUGGACAAGAAGUGUGAGGUGUUGUGUAAAAAGCCUGAUGAUCCCAUCAAACUCAGCGUGGAAGAGAGCAAGCUGCUAGCUGAGCGUAUCCAAGAAGAGUACUAUGUGCACCUUAUUGCAGAUAACCUCCCUGUGGCCACACGGCUAGAGCUUUACCCAAACAAAGAGGAGGGAACGGAAGAGGAACAGAGGAAGGACACACUGAAGGAUAUCCAGUUUGAGCAUGGCUACAGGCUCGGCUUCACUGAAAACAACAAGUUCUAUUUGCACAACCAUCUGUCAUUCGUACUGUACUACCACAAAGAAAAGGUGGAGGAGGAUGUCGAACACAAUUACAGAGUUGUACGUUUUGAGGUGAUGCCGAAGAGCAUAAAAUUGGAAGAUAUAAAAGCAGACGGGCAAAACACAUGCACUUUACCUGAAACGGUUGCCCCCGUCCCUCAGGAGAUCGACCCGACUAAAGAGAACCGCAUCCUCUUCACCUACUCCGUGCACUGGGAGGAGAGCGAAGUGAAAUGGGCGUCUCGCUGGGACACGUACCUCACCAUGAGCGACGUGCAGAUCCACUGGUUCUCCAUCGUCAACUCUGUAGUCGUGGUGUUCUUUCUGUCAGGCAUCCUGAGCAUGAUCAUCAUAAGGACACUGAGGAAGGACAUUGCCAACUACAACAGAGAAGAUGACAUUGAAGACACCAUGGAGGAAUCUGGUUGGAAGAACGUCCAUGGUGAUGUAUUCCGCCCUCCUCAGUAUCCCAUGAUUCUUAGCUCCCUGUUGGGAUCUGGCAUCCAGCUCUUCUGCAUGAUUCUCAUUGUUAUCUUUGUGGCUAUGCUGGGGAUGUUGUCUCCAUCCAGUCGAGGAGCUCUGAUGACAACAGCCUGCUUCCUCUUCAUGUUCAUGGGUUUGUUCGGAGGAUUCUUUGCAGGAAGACUUUACCGCACUCUUAAAGGCCACAGGUGGAAGAAAGGCGCUUUCUGUACAGCAACUCUGUACCCAGCUGUUGUCUUUGGCAUCUGUUUUGUUUUGAACUGUUUCAUCUGGGGAGAACACUCUUCUGGUGCUGUUCCUUUCACUACAAUGCUGGCUCUGUUGUGUAUGUGGUUUGGUAUUUCUAUGCCUCUCGUGUAUCUGGGCUACUAUUUCGGUUUCCGGAAACAGCCGUAUGACAAUCCAGUUCGUACCAAUCAGAUUCCCCGGCAGGUCCCUGAGCAACGCUGGUACAUGAACAAGUUUGUCGGUAUCCUGAUGGCAGGAAUCCUGCCGUUCGGUGCCAUGUUUAUCGAGCUCUUCUUCAUCUUUAGUGCUAUCUGGGAAAACCAGUUUUAUUACCUGUUCGGCUUCCUCUUCCUUGUCUUCAUCAUUCUUGUGGUUUCCUGCUCUCAGAUCAGCAUUGUGAUGGUGUACUUCCAGCUUUGUGCAGAGGACUACCGGUGGUGGUGGAGGACGUUUCUUGUGUCUGGAGGAUCUGCCUUUUAUGUCCUAGUCUAUGCCGUUUUCUAUUUUGUCAACAAGCUGGACAUUGUGGAGUUCAUUCCCUCUCUGUUGUAUUUUGGCUACACAACCCUGAUGGUUUUGUCUUUCUGGCUGCUAACGGGAACGAUUGGCUUCUAUGCUGCUUACGUGUUCAUACGGAAAAUUUACGCUGCGGUCAAAAUCGACUGAAAUAGUUCUUUCAGUUUUUGUUUCCUUUUUUUCUGUUUUGUGAAGCAAGCACUGAUGUGUGUGAAUUGCUAGCGUGAGGCGCAGCAGCGCCCCCCUAUGGACUGGAAUAAUGAACAGAGAUGGGUUUUGUACACUUAUCAAAACCUUUGUCCUGCUAUCUCUGCCUCAGCAAAGAUGUAAAGACACAACAUGAACAGUUCCAUUUUUAAUGUCUGUAUAUCUUUUUGCACACACAACAUGGGCCAAAGUGUGCCGAUUGAUUAUUAUUUUCUUUCUUUGUUUGUGUGGGGAUGUUGGAUAUUUGGGCUGGGUCUCAUGCUUUUGAAGAAAUUGAGGGUUAGUUGCAUAUAUACUUUUACAAAUUAACUUUGUGUCCUUUUAAUAUAACAUUUGAUUUCAACUUGUUGCUAUAUCUUUGAUUUAGAACUGAGUUCUUGAAUGCUUGUCUUGUAUGUUUGUGUGAAUGUGUGGUCACUCUGUGAUCAUUAUAUGUUGGCAUGGACUUAAAUUAUGGGAUGUAAAGACACAAUGAGGCAAGGACAUUAAAAGAAGUAGAUUUCCUUCUGUUU